AUGGUAGUAACUGCCUACGGGGAAGAGGAGGAAGUUCUUGAAUUGAAGGUUGGUAUGGUGUUUCCUUGUUGGGAGGAGAUUGAAGAACAGUUUAGGGGGUAUGCCAAACAAAAGGGUUUUGGUAUUGCCCGUCGUUGUGGUACGGUGAAAUCUGUGGUUGGUUCUGAUAAAGAGAAAGGAAUCGGGAAAGAGAAGCGUAAUUGUUUGUGGACUUCUCAAACUUAUAACUUAAUGGCGGUGCAACGGAAUGGUAGAGGUAGAAUGCCUUUCCUACGGAAGGAUCUUAAUGAAGUGGUUGCGAAGGUUAGGAAGGCAAGGACAAGUGGUGGUGAUGCGAGGGCAACGUUUGACUAUUUUAAGAAGAUGAAAGCGGAUAAUUCUGAUUUUUUUCACGUGUACCGGCAAGAUGCAAAAGGGAUGUUGCAGGAUGUUUUAUGGGUUGAUGCUCGUAGUAGAGCUGCUUAUGAGGAGUUUGGUGAUGUUGUCUGCUUUGAUAGUACGUACUUGACCAAUAAAUAUAAAAUGCCGUUUGCGAACUUUGUUGGUGUGAAUCAUCAUGGUCAGAGCAUAUUACUUGGAUGUGCGCUUGUUUCGCAUGAAAAUAGUGACACUUUUGAGUGGAUUUUCGGCAAUUGGUUAGAAUGUAUGGCUGGUAAAGCCCCAAUUGGGAUAUUGACUGAUCAAGAUCCCGCGAUGAGGAGGGCUUUGAGAACAACCAUGAGCAAUACAUGUCAUAGGUGGUGCAUAUGGCACAUUCUUCAGAAGUUUAGUAGGAAGCUUGGAACGCAUGUAGAGUACCCCGAUUUAAAGGUAGACUUGGAGCGCGCAAUAUAUGAUAGUCUAACAUGUGAUGAGUUUGAAUUAAAUUGGGCAACAGCGAUGGAGAGGUACCAGGUUGAUGAUGAUUGGCUUGAAGGGUUGUAUGCGGAAAGGAACAUGUGGGUUCCUGCGUAUGUGAAGCAUUUAUUUUGGGCUGGCAUGAAGACGACCCAACGAGUUGAAAGUUUAAACAGCUUUUUUGAUCAAUUUGUACACAAGCAUACUCAUUUGUAUGAGUUUGUUGAGGCUUACUGUGAAGCAAUGGAGGCAAGGGCAAAUGAAGAAAGUAUGGCCGAUACGAGCACUGCGAGAAAUCUAAGGCAAAUUGUCACCUGUUUCCCAGCUGAGGAACUUUUCCAGAAAUUAUACACGGACGCCAAAUUUCAUGAGGUCCAAAGAGAGUGUAGUAGGGUACUGUACGUGCGGUGUUUGAGCAAGAAAAUGUUGGAUGAGUCUGUUGAAGAGUACGAGCUUGAGGAUAGGGUUUGGAUAAAGCCUAAACACGCAAGGAAGGAGAUUGUUACGAAGCAUAAGACGAAGCAUAUGAUAUUGGUUUAUGACUUGAAUAACCAGACUGAAAUUCCUGGCAAGUACAUACUUCAUCGUUGGCGGAAAGAUGUUGAAAGGAAGCAUACGAAGGUCAGGGUGAUGUACCACGACCCAUUGAAGACAGAAGUUGUGUGUAGGUACGAUAAGCUAAUGGUGUUGUUUGGGCCUUUACUUUCAAGGGCAGCUACCUACAAAGAGUCGAUGGAUGUUGUUGUUGAAAUAUCUCACUUGUUGGCAAUGCGUUUGGAUGAGAAGAUUUCAAUGCUUGACAGGCAAAGGCAAAAUGAGGAUGUUGUAGUUGGUACCCCGUCAUCUGUGUGUUUGGAGAAAGGUGGUACGGAAUUGACCCCCUCAUCCGUUGGCCAGUUACAACCUAUUGGGGUACGACGUACGAUGGUGUUUGAUUUCCCACAAACGAAUGAACAUGAAGGAAGUUGUGCCGGUGGUGGUGGUGUAUCGGGAAGCGUUGGAGGUUUAUCUGGCAGCUUUGCUCGGGGUUUAUCAGGAAGCUUCAAUGAUAGAAUAGAUGCAAUGGAUGCAAUUGCAGCUGGUUUAACAUGUGGCUUUGGUCAUGAUGAUGAUGAUGUUGGUGGCAGUCCUAGCCUUGAAAGCAUAGAUGUGGGCCUAGAUGGGGUCCAAGCAAAUGGCAAUGAGGUCAUGUACCGAGCGUCUGAAGCGGCCAAUUACCCAAGAACAACUAAUGAACAGAGAGACUCUAACUCCUAG